CGCAACCUUAUCGCGGCUCUUGAGCCAAGCUUGAUCUCGUCUCUCUCCCCGCCUCAACCAGACGUCCCUACUCAUCAUCCUGAAUUGAAUCAAAAUGGGUCCCAACCCAGGUCAGAAAACCGUGCUCAUCACCGGGUGCACUCCGGGCGGCAUUGGCCAUGCGCUAUGCAUGGAGUUCCACGCCAAGGGCGUGCACGUCAUCGCGACGGCCCGCAACCCGGCCGUGCUCUCCGAGAUGGCAGCCAUCGGCAUGACCACCCUCGCCCUGGACGUCACCAAAGAGGACAGCAUCAAGGCCUGCCACGACGACGUCUCCAAGCUGACGGGCGGCAAGCUCGACAUUCUCGUCAACAAUGCCGGCCGCACGCACACGCACCCCGCCACGGACCUCUCCAUCCCCGACGUGCGCGAGACCUUCGAGACCAACGUCUUCGGCGUGAUGGCCAUGUGCGCCGCCUUCUCGGACCUGCUCAUCACCGCCCACGGGCUGAUCAUCAACAUCGCCUCGCUGGCCGCCAUCACCCCUUACGUCUUCGGCUCCGCCUACUGCGCGACCAAGGGCGCCGUGACCGCCUACUCGCGCACGCUGCGGCUGGAGCUCAAGCCGUUCGGGGUCCGGGUCAUGGUGGCCAUGACGGGGACGGUGCGGAGCCAGAUUGCGAGCCGGACGCAUCGGACGCUGCCCGAGGGGAGUAUCUACGAGAGGGUUAGGGGACUGUUUGAGAAGCGGUUGACGUUCUCGCAGAAUAAUGCGACGGUGGAUACGGCCGAGUACGCGAGGAAGUUGGUGGGGAAUGCGCUCAAGCCGGAGUGGCCGCUGAUGUUGCGGUCGUGGUUUGGGCGGGCGGAUUGGUUCUGGGCUGGGGGCUGGGCGAGUGGGGUGUGGUUCUCGACGUGGUUUGGGGAGUGGUUGUUGGAUAUUGUCAUGUAUCGGAUGAUUGGGAUGAAGCAGUUGGAGGGGGUGUUGAGGGAGGAGGAGAGGAGGAAGAAGUUGGUGUGAGGGGGUGGUGGUUGCGUGGUGUGCGGUUGUCGGUACAUUGAUUGUUUGUGCUAUCGUUACUUGGUACUAUGAGAUGUUUUGGACGGGUUGCUAUGUUAUGUCCUUCUAUUAUAGUUGGUUUCUAGCUCGUGAUCAUGGCAAGCCCCUGUGGACACUCA